AGCGCCCCCGACUCUGCCACCGCCGUCCAGACUGAGAGGUGUUCGGGCAGCUCGCCCACCGCUACGCUAGCGCAGCCCGGCAGAGGACAUGUCGGAGGGAAGACUCAUGGCCAGAGACCUCAUCAAGACUGUCCUGCAUGACCAGGUCCCCCAGCCUCCAGUGGCUCCUGGGCCUCCCAGCGUGAAAGAGCCUGUGGAAGAAGAACAUGUUAGUCCUGUGAGAGAUCUGGACCUCGUGGAGUGUCUGGAGUACAGAAACCAAGUGGCCCUGAGGCUGGCCUACAUCGGUGAUGAGAUGGACCUGUGUCUGCGGAGCCCCCGUCUGGCCCAACUGCCCGGGAUUGCCAUGCACAGACUCGCUGUUACCUACAGCCAGACGGGUGUCAGGGGGGUUUUCAGAAGCCUGAUUCGUGGCCUCACCAAUCUCAGGGAGAACAUCUGGUCCUGGAGAGUUCUGACUCCUGGCACCAGGGUGUCACCUGACCAGGCCCGCGGACAGAUGUUUCCCAUGGUGCUGUUGGUCCUCUUACUGCUGGGCGAGGCCUUGCAUUUGCAGCUUCAGUGAAGCCCAGUGGGGCAGGGCCGGUCCCUGCCCCUCAACCACCCCCCUAGAGGUGCCGGCACCCUAACUGUGGUGUUUCCUGACUGUCCCUUUUUUUUAUAUUUAACUCAGGAUAGUGCUGAGAUUUCAUACAAGUUUUCUGGGUUUUUGUAAGGCAAAUGAAUUCACCGUACCUCAGGGGCAUUACUGGCUAAAUGCCCUUAAGGCCUGGCUGGCUCUUGACCCCUGCCUGCCUUUCUCUCUGCGGGCUGGUCCUGUGGCCACCAGUGGGGGGAGUGCUGGCCACACCCCUGUUUGUGAAGCCUUGAGGCACAGAAUCUACUGGACUAGAUUCUUUGGGGUGAAGAGUUCAAUAAAGUGUUGUUUCCAGGAGAGUUCAAUAAAAUGUUGUUUCCAG